AUGCUCUUUUGUGCAUUCACCGCGGGUACGAGGUCGUUUGCUAGAAUACAAGCCAGGAACUUGAGCUUAUACAAGGGACGCAACAGGUACUUAGAGAAACGAGUGAUGAACGGGUUCGCAGAGACAAAACCGGUGUCCAGCCCGCUGGUGUGGAUAGACUGUGAGAUGACCGGUCUGAACCAUCACAGCGACAGAAUUAUAGAGGUGUGCUGCGUUGUGACGGACGGAAAUCUUGAGAUAGUGCAGGACAACUGCUACGAGAGCGUGAUCCACUACGAUGCGAAGGUCAUGGAGUCGAUGAACGAGUGGUGCAUCGAGCACCACGGUGCCAGCGGCUUGACCAAGAAGGUGCUUGAGAGUGACAAGUCCCGCGAGCAGGUGGAGCAGGAGUUGCUGCAGUUCAUCAAGAAAUACGUUCCUGAGCCCCGAGUUGGAGUGCUUGCUGGCAAUUCGGUUCAUAUGGACCGGCUGUUCAUGUUGAAGGAGUUUCCCAGAGUGAUAGACCACCUUUUCUACCGUCUGGUCGACGUGAGUUCCAUCAUGGAGGUGUGUUCGAGACACAACCCUGCGUUGGCCCGCUUGGCGCCCAGAAAGAAGCAGACUCACACGGCCAAGAGCGACAUACUCGAGAGCAUCGAGCAGUUGCGAUGGUACAGAAGCCACUAUCUCAAGAGCGAACAAGAGACCGCUGAUUUCGUGAAGGAGCGUACUGCCCAAGAAGAGAGCUCAGUAGAGCCGUCGCAGGAGAAGCGUGUCGGUAGCCCAGGCGACGUAGAGGCCACCGUGGAGAACCCGGAAGAGCCUGAGGUCAAGAAGCCUCGUAAACUCUAG